AUAGUUUUCGGUAAAUUCUAUUUCCGGCGGUCGUUGAGACACAUUUGAGAGACUUUCAAGAUGUUAGACUUUUUUACGAUAUUCAGUAAAGGUGGGAUUGUUCUUUGGUGCUUUCAGGGAACAUCUCAACUGUUUACACCAGCAGUUAACUCUCUAAUAAAGACUGUAAUACUUCAGGAAAGAACUGGGAAUAAUACAUUUACACAUGAAGCUUUACAGUUGAAGUAUAAGCUUGAUAAUGAAUUUGAAUUGGUUUUUGUGGUGGCUUAUCAAAAGAUAUUACAGCUGUCUUACAUAGAUAAAUUCUUGACAGACAUACAGAUGGAAUUCAGAAAUAAGUACAAGGAUUGUCUUACUGAUGGUUUAGCGUGUGGCACCUUUAAUUUUAAGGGAUCAUUUGAUGAGAUUUUGAGAUUCAAUGAAGAAGAAAGUAGAGCCAUAGCCAAGUCUCAGAAGAAAAUGAAAACAUUUGAUGAAUCUGUAAAAUCUAAGAAGACUGUGUCAUCAAUGAUAGAAAACAAAAAAGAAGAAAAGAAACCAGCUAAAGGAAAGGAAAAUAAACCAGUCAAAGAACAAGUUGUUAAAGAAACUGUGAAGAAAACUGAACAGACCACUGCAGUCUUGGGCGAAAUGGACGAACUAACUAUACAGAAAAAUAGAGAAAAGAUGUUUGCUAAGAUGUCUGGAAAGAAACCUGUUAAAACAGCCAGUGCCAGUCCAAAAGCAGAAACUCCCAAGAAGAAGGGAAAACAAGCUACUAAAUGGGAAAUGGGAGGAACUAAUAAAGAUGCAGUGGCUCUUGAUUAUAGUUCUCUGAAUGGAUCAGGGGAUGCCACUAUUAAUGGAAGUAUGGAAGAGAAACAUGGAACACCGUCUGCUGAAGAACAACAAUGGGUAGGACAGAUGAAAGGAGGUUUGAGAGAUUUAGAUGAAGAAGAAAGUGAAGAUGAAGAAGAAGAAGAGAAAGGAGUACAGGAGACGGUCAAGAGUGGCAAAUCUAAGAAAGGAAGUGGAAUGUUCAGUAUGUUUAAGAACCUUGUUGGAUCAAAGACAUUGACCAAAGAAGAUUUACAACCUGCUUUAGAAAAGAUGAAAGAGCACAUCAUUGGAAAAAAUGUUGCUGCAGAUAUUUCUGCUAAAUUGUGUGAUUCUGUGGCUGCUAAGUUGGAAGGAAAAGUUUUGGGAACCUUUUCAACAACUGCAAAUACAGUUAAACAGACUUUACAGGACUCCUGUGUUCAUAUCUUGGAACCAAAGAGACGUAUUGACAUCCUUAGAGACGCUAUGGAAUGUAAACAAAAAGGACGUCCAUAUGUUGUUACAUUUUGUGGAGUAAAUGGUGUGGGGAAAUCGACAAACUUGGCUAAGAUCUGUUUCUGGUUAAUAGAGAAUGGAUUUAGAGUUCUGAUAGCUGCAUGUGAUACCUUCAGAGCUGGUGCUGUAGAACAGCUACGAACACACACCAGGAAACUGAAUGCCCUUCAUCCCCCAGACAAAAAUGGACAACACAUGGUACAGUUGUAUGAGAAGGGCUAUGGCAAGGAUGCAGCAGGAAUUGCCAUGGAAGCUAUCAAUUUUGCUCGAGACUGCCAUAUUGAUGUGGUGCUUGUAGAUACUGCAGGUAGAAUGCAGGACAAUGAGCCAUUGAUGAGGGCUCUUUCUAAGCUCAUCAAAGUAAAUCAGCCGGAUCUGGUUUUGUUUGUUGGUGAAGCCCUGGUUGGAAAUGAGGCUGUUGAUCAGCUUACCAAGUUUAACCAGGCCCUUGCUGACCAUUCUAAUAUGACAAAUCCCAGACUUAUUGAUGGGAUAGUUCUUACUAAGUUUGAUACUAUUGACGAUAAAGUUGGUGCUGCAAUAUCUAUGACAUAUACUACAGGACAACCAAUUGUAUUUGUUGGUACAGGACAAACAUACACAGAUCUCCGUAAUCUUAAUGUCAAAGCAGUUGUCAAUGCUCUUCUCAAGUAAUGACUUACAAGAACUUCUUAUGUCAGUGAUUUAAGAACUGUUUCAUGUGUUAAAAGAUCUACUAAUUACAAUUCUGAUGCUGAAUUUUAACCUUUGUACUGUAUCCAUUUCAGAAAUUAUUGAUAUUCUGUAAUAACGAUAUUCUCUUUUAACACUUACAUCCAAAUACAUAGAAAUGUGAAACUGUUGGUCAUUCUUUUUUCAAUGUCAUGGAGAUUUAUAACAAAAGUUUUAAUUUUCUAUGGUAAAAGACAUAUCCUCUGAUUCAACUGUAACAGUUACUCUCA